AUGCAUAGCUCUUGUUAUGACUCCUAUCAGCAAUGUAUAGGGCCAGACAACUCCACUACCUACUUUACAGCUAUCCUACAGAGUAACAGGGCAGCAAAAGCUAGUGAUAAUAAUAUGCAACUUCAAGCCAGCUGCCGUGGCUCACUUGGAGUCUGCUGGAACCCUCAAGCCCCCAUACAUGUGUCUGAUGGCAGAGGACCCCAAGACACUGUCAGACAGAUAGAAACGCAAGCGAAACUUAAAGAAAUUGCAAAACACAUGUAUCCACAGCUUAAUUACCACCCCCUAAUUCUCACUAGGCACGACCCUUAUGAGUUAGACCCUCAGACAAUGUCUAUCCUAGAAGCCACUUUCUCACUCUUAAACAUCUCUAACCCGAGUCUAGCCCAAGAUUGUUGGCUUUGCCUGCCCCGGCGGACUCCCCGACCCAUCGCCAUCCCCACUGAAAUUAAUAUCAGCAUAACCAAUGACUGCUUACCUUCUUCCCUACUUGACCCCUUCCCCGUUCAAUUCAUUAGCCCAUUCAAUGCCUCAUGCUUUAAAAAUAACCUAACCUCCCAGAAUGACAACAUAGACGUAGGAAUCGUAUCCCUUGCCCAAUGCCACCAGUACAUCAUUAUCAACUCCUCAUUAUGCAGUACCAACACUACUGUUUUUGUCUGUGGAAAUAACCAAGCCUACACUUAUCUACCUCAUAAUUGGACUGGAGUAUGUAUCCUGGCCACCUUACUGCCAGAUAUUGACUUGGUUACAGGAAAAACCCCCAUGCCCAUUCCUAGUCUAGAUUUUGUAGCUGGCAGAUCCAAACGAGCUGUGGCUGUUAUCCCCCUCCUGGCAGGCCUAGGAAUUACAGGCGCAUUAGCUGCCGGGACAGCAGGAUUAGGAGUCUCUAUACACUCCUAUCUUCGACUUUCUCGGCAGCUAAUUAACGAUGUCGAAGCCUUGUCAGGGACAAUCCAGGAUCUGCAGGAUCAGCUAGAUUCCCUAGCAGAAGUGGUGUUACAAAAUAGAAGAGGGUUAAAUCUGCUAACCGCAGAACAAGGCGGCAUCUGCUUAGCCCUACAAGAAAAAUGUUGCUUUUAUGCCAAUAAAUCAGGAAUAGUUCGGACCAAAAUUAAACAGCUCCAAGAGGACCUCGCACGCCGACAAAAAGAACUAGCCGAGAACCCACUGUGGUCAGCACUCCAUGGGUUUCUCCCUUACCUUCUCCCCCUUUUGGGCCCCCUACUAAGCCUCCUCCUUCUUUUUACCGUCGGCCCUAUUAUAUUCAACAAAAUAAUGAACUUUGUCAGAGAUAGAUUAAACACCAUUCAGGUUAUGGUCCUUAGGCCACAGUAUCAGCUCCUCGACAUGGAAAGCGAGCUUAAUUAG